AAAGGAUACACAUACUCGUACGCAUGAUUCGGAUAUCACACUGCAAGAAGCUUUUUGUGUUUGUAUCAAGUCAACUCUUCUACCGGACAGUAUUUUUUGACAGGCUAUCAAUGUGAAAAGUCUCAUGAUCACUGACUCGAGGGUAUCCGAAGCGUCCAGACGCAUGUUUGUGAAGCCCCUCAUUAUAGCUCAACUUUAUUAUCCAUCAAGUAACGUUUUGGUAAAAAGUACAUAUUGUAAGAUACAUGAUCGUGAUUGGUUUCAGCCCCGACUUGACCUGCAUGAUUCAAAUGCCAAACCAGCAGACGUUGAUUGGCCUAUCGAGGCAAUUGAAUCACUGACUGAUGUGCUGGAGGACUUUGAAACAUUGCUUCGGUCACAUGAGGGAAAAUGUUGACAGUUUUUCAGCACGAAAGCAUUCCUCCUUGUACAAGUAGCUGUUGGUUGAGAAGCGAAACAGCGGGCAUGUCUACAUAUGCACAGUGGUCACCGCGGUCCAUUCC